GAUGCUUUUAAAGUCAAGAGAGAAAGACAGCGCUGCAUAGCUCCCUGUUUCAGAACACACAGGGCGAGCUGAGGAUCGAGCACAACGUGGAUAGACAUCUGGAGAAUCACUUGUUGUUGUUCAGACUCUCUCUAGGUCUCUCUCUACAUCCUCAACCCUCAAGGAGAGAUGCAGAUAGUGUGGUUCAUGCUUGUAAGCCCAUGGAUGGUGCAGGCUGCGCAGGGCUGUCCCGAUGUCUGUAAAUGCUCUCGGAAAUCCGGUCCAGAAAAGUCAGAGGUCAAUUGUCAUAAAAGGGGGCUUCGCGUCUUUCCUUCCAAACUGCCUCCUGAUGCCUGGAUCCUCAAACUAGGUGAGAAUGGUAUCACAGACCUGAAGGCUAACGUUUUGAGAUCAAUCCCAAAGAUUGAGAGCAUCAAUCUGGAACGGAAUGCCAUCAAGUCCAUCCACCCCCAGGCCUUCUACGGCGCGAAGCAACUGAUGCUCCUCAAUCUCUACGGCAACCACAUCGCCAACCUUAUACCGAGAGGAUUCCAAGACCUCCUGAACCUUCGCUUCCUCAUGCUGGGACAUAACCAGAUUGGCAUCCUCAAAUCUCAGAUGUUUGCAGGAAUGAGGAACUUGUCAGACUUAGACCUUCCGCUUAACGCGCUGACAACGCUACCGUCUAAUGCCUUUAAGCCUCUGAUCGCGCUGAAAGUUCUGGACCUUUCCCUAAAUCGCAUCCAGAGGAUCUCUCCGAAGGCAUUCAUUGGACUCAGACAGCUUAUGUUCCUCAACUUAGACAAUAACAGUCUGAAGAACAUUCCUGCUGAAGCAUUCAGGCCGCUGCAAUCUCUGGAGAUGCUGGUUCUGGACAACAACCUCCUGUCCACGCUGAGCUCUUCAACUCUGGAUGGCCUGGGCAACUUGCAGGAACUCUACCUGAGGAACAACGAGCUGGAGCACCUGCCACCUGAUGUGUUCAGGAACAUGGCCCAUCUUUCUCAGCUGUCUCUCAGUGGAAACCGCCUGAAGACAGUGAACGGAAACAUGUUCGCCCAUAUGCUUGACCUGACGAAGCUAUAUCUCCAUGAAAAUGCAUGGCAGUGUGACUGUAACAUCAUCACUCUGGUGCAGUGGAUGGGGCGGACCAAGGCCUCCCUGUCGCCCCGGGAUGCCCUGAAGUGCAAGAGUCCACCGGAGCUCCGAAACAAGAGCCUCUACAGCCUCCAAGCCGACAAGUUGUCCUGCCGUGCCUAACGCCAGACAACCUGUAUGAAGACCACAGCUUCAGCUCCAGCUCCAGAGAUUGACUCUUCCUAAAAACAUCUCUUUUUUCUCUAGACUGAGUUAGUAUUUGAGGAAUGAAUUUCUUUAUUUUAUGGUUUCUCAACAAUGCGAUGCAGCCAAUAGAUGUUCUUGUUGGGGUGUCUAUCUUCUCGAAAGCAACAUGGUGAUGUUUUCAGCUAAAACCCUUUGAGAAACUUUGGCUUGAACACCAUGUAUUUGUGAGUAUAAAAGAGCUACAUAUGCAAUUUCAACCCCUAUCAAAGCAUUGGAACCUUCAACUUGCAGUUAAAGCAUGAAAAUAACAAAAACACUGGAGUUAUGAUGUUUUCAUUGAGCAGAAAGACAUGUGUGCAUCUCUGUUGUACUCUCUACCAGGAGAGAACACUUGCCGUCCCUUAUCAAAUUCAACACUGAGAUUAAGAUUAUAAUCUCAUAUUGCUUGUCACAUAGACUUGUAUUCGCACGUUUGGAAAGUGAGGGAUUACACGCAAUGGGUUCCAGGAAAUGGUUUCUGUAAUCUUUUAUGGUUACGGUUUACAAAAAAAAGAAAGAAAGGCCGUUGGAUAGUGAGAUCAUGCACAGCCAGGAUGUGCACAGCAACCAUCUUAAAGUAAAGAGGGUUGGAGAUAAUAAAACUUUAUUGAAAUUGUUAUAACAACAUUAGAUUAAAAGUAAUAUAAGGAAGAUGAUCCAGGCUGAUGUUCCCAAGCAGCCGAGCAUGAAUACACUACAAGGUCAAAAGUUUGUGGACAUCUGAGCCUUGUGGUUAUUGAGCAUGGCAUUAAUCGGCUAUCUCUCUUCUUACACCAGAUUUAAGAACCUGGCUGCAUCAAUUUGAUCCCAUUAAGGCCAGGCAGCAACCUUCAGGUUUGAAAACGAAAGCCAAUGCAUUCUCUCUAAUUGCAAUCAGAGGGUGACUUCUUUAGUUGCAAUAAGAAUUGGGAUAGUAUUACAUUACAUUACAUGUCAUUUAGCAGACGCUUUUAUCCAAAGCGACUUACAAUAAGUGCAUUUCAACCUAGAGUACAAACUAAGAACAACAAUUGGGAUAGUAUAAGAUUGUAAGUCUACGAGAAGAUGACUAAUUCUCUCUUGAUUUAUUCCCUCAGUAAACUUUGUAAAUAUGAGUUUAUGGUCUCAAUCUCUAGUUUCAAAUAUUCUUAAAUACAGCAUGAUGUUUAUUUAGUCAAUUAUAGUCCAUUUAGAGUAAAAUAGAUCAUAAAGCAGGGUAUGCUUUCGGGCGGGCUACCUUGUGAUUGACAGGUCACUAUCAGCGGUCCAGGAGUUGUCUGUGUUUUUCGAACUUUAACCAUCUACGGUGUGUUUUCAGUCCAUAUGAGAUAAUUGGGAGAUAACCAUUGGUUGCCUAAAAAUGUCUUAAUCCACGUUCCGUUGAAAUUAGCUUGUGUAAUUUCUUUUUGCAAAAAAUCAAGAUGGCAACGGCCAAACUGCCAAAAGUAGAGGCUUUAAAACUGCUGCCCACGUGGCUAGGGCCACUUCUUUUAUACAAUCUAUGAUUCAGUUGCAAGAGCAUGAGCAAGAUCCACAUCCAGUUUUGGUUGCAUUGCACAUAUAGACCUCCGCUCCUACGAGUGGUGGAGUUUAUAAGUGACCUUUUCCAACUGCACGUCUCCUGAGCAGCCAUGUUUUAAAUGUAUUCAAACAUCCACAUUCACGGUAAAAAAAGAAAGUGUAUUAGAACUCAGAUGAGAUGGGAAUGCACAAAACAGAUACUUAGUCAGCUCCCAAGUUUAGCUUCCUGUAGCUCCCAUAGUUCCUUUGCCCACAACACCAGAACAAAACUAUAAAACUGCUUACUUUUCAAUAAAGUGCAUUAAAGGACACAGAAAAGGUCCCUCCCUCCUCCGCCAGUGCUCACUUCACGCUAUGUUCUGCGAUUGUCGUACUGCAACCUUCUUCGUCCCUCUGUCAGAGGCAGACUCCUCUAGUUCAGUAGAGCGGAAUUGAGCUGGGAGACGGGGAAAAGCAAGAGCAUGAUAUCCUGCCCUCAGCUUUCUGUAAUUGACAAGGCCACUCCGGUCGACCUCCCCUACACAGCAACAUUGACACAAAAUCGCCAGCGUCUCCCACUCCAGAGGGGGAGAUAAUCGUCAUAAUUUCCAUCUGCAAUAAACCUGCUAUUAUAGGUGAGCUCCCGAGAACAAUACAUUAGCCGUGGCAGUGUUCCGAGCCUACGCUGGUGUACUCUGACAUGUUAUGCAGCAAAGUCUUUCUUUCACUUUGAUCGCUGAGAUCGUACACCAACAUCUCAGCAGCUAACGAAAAUGAAAGGUUUCUCGUCGAUGUCGAGAUUUCGGAUUAUUGAAUUUUUGUGUGAAGUUGUUGGCGUGUCCAGAUGGUUGUGGUGUACUGUUCUUUACAUAAAGUCAUUUGAUAUGUUCUUGUUCCAGCGGCUGUA